AUGGCUAAAAGAGGGGAAUGCGUGUUACCAAAUAUUUCAUCUAUCGCACAAAUUGAUAAUAAAAAUUUUUCAAUAAUUGCUGAAGAAUCAGAAGUUAAUAUAGUUACAUCAGAAGAUUCAGAGUUUAAAAUCGAUAAAAUACCUGUCACCAAUACAAAAUCAGUACAUUUAACUAAAGAAAAUCAAAUUUUGUUAAUUAAUAACAAAUUAUCUACGAAAAUCUACAAAAAUCAGACUGACAUUGCUAACUUGUUUGAUGAGCAACCUCAAUCCGAGUACAUUUCAUCUAUUCUCGUUGACGAAACCCUUUAUAUUUUUUCGGACAAAAUUUUCUCAGGAAAAGUACAAGAAAACUCUACAAUUUCGACUUACACACCAAAAAAUUACACAGCUUCAAAGGUAAUUCAUUACCAAAAUGAUUCUUUUUUGGUAAUCUCAAAAGAUAAAAAGAAAGUACUUUUAUUGUCAACCAAAGACUCAGAAAUGACAGUUACAGAAGAACUACAGUCAACAACAGACAUAAUUGACGUUUUAAUCUUUGAUACAGAUAAAAUCUGUUGUAUUUCAGAACACAACAUCAUACUACACAAGAUAGGCGAGUCCAAGUCAUUUAGAAACACAAUUAAUCCGAAAUAUACAAUAAAUUGUUCGAAUUAUCUUCCGAAUAAGAAUCUUUUAAUAUUUGGAACGAAAGAAGGUUCAAUCAUCAUUGUCAAAUCAAUCUAUCAAGAAGACAACACGUUUUCUGAUUCUGAAAUCUCUUAUUUGUAUAAUUUCCAUGAAUGUCCUGUUGUUAACGUAUUUCCACUUACAAACGAUAGAAUUUUAUCGAUCGGCCAAAAUGGAACAUUAGUUCUUUGGGAAAAUGUUGUUCCAUGGUGGAAUGUGCCAAAUACUGUUUCUUUGUUAUUAAAUACCAAAUGA